AUGUCUGCUCCCGCGCCUUUUGGUGCCUCUAUGGCAAAAGCUCACUUUCUGUUUGACCCCGACUUCAAAAACCUCAACCAUGGCUCGUUCGGCACGUAUCCCAUUGCCGUGCAAACAGCUCUGCGACACUUCCAAUCUCAAGUGGAGGCCCGUCCGGACCCGUUCAUCCGGCACAUCCAGCCCCAACUGAUAGACGAAUCCCGCCGCGCCGUGGCCUCGCUGCUCAAUGUGCCCACCAACGAGUGCGUGUUCGUCAAGAAUGCCUCGACGGGCAUCAACACCGUCCUGCGCAACCUUGUCUUCAAGCAAGAUGAUGUGGUGGUGUAUUUUGACACCGUCUACGGCGCUGUCGAGAAGACCCUUGUCUCGCUGGUUGAGACUACGCCGUUGCAGCUGCGGAAGGUCCAGUACCAGCUCCCCAUUAGCCAUGACGAGCUGGUGCGGAGGUUCCUGGAGGUUGUGGCCAAGGCGAAGGCGGAUGGAUUGAAGGUUCGUGUUGCGGUGUUUGAUACCAUCGUCAGCAUGCCUGGUGUGCGGUUCCCGUUUGAGCGGUUGAUCGAGGCGUGUCGCGCCGAGGGCAUCUUGAGUGUUGUGGACGGUGCGCAUGGCAUCGGGCAGAUUCCCCUGGAUCUGGGGGCUUUGCAGCCGGAUUUCUUGACGACGAAUCUUCACAAGUGGCUGUAUACCCCCCGGGGUUCCGCCAUCCUCUACGUCCCCCUUCGCAACCAGCAUCUCAUCCGGACUACUCUCCCCACUUCCUGGGGUUUCAUCCCAUCCCCGGACUCCCCCGCCACCGCGCCCUCCCUCAUGCGCAGCAGCUCGGGCAAGUCCGCCUUCGAGGCGCUCUUCGAGUUUGUCGCGACCACCGACGACACGGCGUACCUGUGUGUCCCUGCGGCGCUGAAAUUCCGCUCCCAGGUCUGCGGCGGCGAGGACCGCAUUUACGCGUAUCUGGAGAAGCUGGCGCUGGAGGCCGGCGACAUUGUUGCCGCGGCGCUGGGCACGGAGGUCAUGCAGGAGCCCGACUUGAAGCCGGGAGAGGUCAGUCAGCUCCGGCGCUGUGCCAUGGCGACCGUGCGACUGCCGUUUGCCGUGUCGGGUGGUGAAGAGGACCCGAAGAAGGCCUCGGCUCGAUUGAGGCUGCAGGCUGCGCAGGCUGCGGAGGUUGCUGGGGAGAUCCAGACGGCGCUGGCGCGGGACUACGGGACCUUUGUGCCUGUGUUUGCGCAUGGCGGGUGGCUGUGGACCCGGCUGAGUGCGCAGGUUUACCUGGAGAAGAGCGAUUUCGAGUGGGUUGCGGGUGUGCUGAGCGAGCUAUGCAACAAGGUGGUGAGGAAGUUUGCCGAGCCAAAGUUGUGA